AUGGAUCAGGCGCCAUCAGAUAUAGAAUUACGCAAUAUAAUCGACAAAUUAGCUCAAUUCGUCGCUCGAAAUGGACCCGAGUUUGAGCAGAUGACAAAAAAUAAACAGAAGGAUAAUCCAAAGUUUAGUUUCCUUUUUGGAGGGGAAUACUUCAAUUACUAUCAGUAUAAAGUGACUACAGAGCAAGCCAUUUUAAAACAAAAAGGAAUAAACCCAAUGCAAAAUGCAGACCCACGUUUAAACGUUUCGCAGCAACAACAAACACCAGUAGCUGCCGCACCAAUGAAUAACAUGAAUCUUACGCCGUGUUUAAGCACCCAGAACAAUCCGUUAAACCAAGUGGUUGGGAUCGGAGCAGUUGGAAAUUCCGGCUCAGUUUUGCCCGGUGUUCCUGGAUCACUGACGGCCGUUCCUAACAAUGCCGGACCACCAGGAAUAGGAUCUGUUCCUAACGUGAUCGGAGCUGUGAAUCAACCAAUUGGUGGCUCAGGACAAAAUGUAAAUAUCAAUGGACCAACAGGAUGGCUACAGAAUGAACUGGCGAAUCUUCAAUCACAGCAGUCGGUUCUUCAAGAGCAAGUUAUACAAUCCGAACAGAAUUUAGCUGCUCAACAUGCUUCUCUGAUGAGAGAUCAACAAGGCAGAGUGGAGGAUGCUGUUAGGCAAGCACAAGAAACAGCAUUUCAAAAUAAUGCUCAAAGCACCAAUACUGAUUUGGCUGCAUUCGAUACUGUUCUCCAACCAAUCAUCGACAGUUGUACAAAAGACAGUAUUAGUGCGGGAAAAGCUUGGAUACUUCAACACAGUCUUACUGCUCAGAGCAACGAAGUAAUUGCUGACGCCAGAAAAAAGUCUAUGGAUCUUCGCCAAGCGAUGGAAAACGUUGUUGUUCCGAUGUUUUGCAAUACUUCACUAGCUGCAACCAGUGAUCAACUGACUAAGCUUAACAAACUUCUCAGCCUGUGGGAGUCCAAAAAUAAUUAUUUUGAUGAGAAUAUUGUUGAAAAAUUGAAACAACCCAGUCAUUCAUGGUCAGACUACCAGGCCGGUCUUGUUGCGCAGUUUGCAAGUGCAAUCACUCCAAUAACUACUUCUACCAAACAAACCUUUGAUAAUUAUCAAGCUCAGCAUCAGGCAUUUGUAAAUCACGCGAUGAGACAAAUUUCAACUAUUGAACAACAAAAAAUAAGUAUUAAUCAGCAAUUAAAAGCCCCAGCUCCACCACCAUCUGCAAUCGUUCCAAAUCAACCAAAUCUCAACAUCCCACCAACACAUACUGGACCUCCGCCACCAGCUAUAGCUGGUGAUUUAAAUUUCUCUCAGCCUCCCCCCGGUUGGGGUGUUCCACCAACAUCUGAUCCGCCACCAUUCACUACAGUACCUUUACCGGAUUUUUCAAAACCACCACCAGGAUUUGGACCGCCACCUCUUAUGCAUGAGUCUUCCAUUGAAGAUCUUAUGCCUAGCAUGCCUUACUUUGAGCUUCCAGCCGGGCUGAUGGUACCUUUGAUCAAGCUAGAAGAUGGUGAAUACAGAUCGUUAGAUCCCGAAGCUAUAAGAUUACCACCUCCGACUCCUCCAAGCGAACGUUUAGUUGCUGCCGUUGAAGCGUUUUACGCGCCACCCAACCAUGACUCUCCCAGAGAUAGUGAUGGAUGGGAAAAAUUAGGAUUGUACGAAUAUUUUAAGGCUAAAAAUGCAGCUCGUAAACGAAAAGAAGAAGAUAUUCAGUCAGGAUUGAGAGUCAAAUCGAGAUCGCCGUCGCCGAUCUCAAGACCUCGAUCAAAAAGUCCUAGUCCGCCAAAGAAACGCUACAAGAGUAAAUCACGCAGUAGGUCACGGUCUAGAUCACGAGGAAGAAGUAGAUCUAAAACACCUCCAGCAAAUAAUCAUCGCCGGAAUAAUCGUAAUAAUAAUAAUAAUAGUAACAACAACAAUAAUAUUAGUGCUAAUAAUAAUAGUAAUAGUAAUAAUGCCCAUGGUGUUAUUAUUCAUAAUAAUCGAAAUCGACGCCGAAGAAAUAGCAAUAAAGACCGAAGUCCUGACAGAAGAAAUGAUAGAUUAGAUCGUAGUCCUACACCUCCGAGCUUCCUUGGCUCCACAUACAGUAAACCUCCACUAGAGUCGUCAUUAGAUGAAAGUAAUAAAGGACAUCAGUUGAUGAAAAAAAUGGGCUGGAGUGGUGCCGGCUUGGGAGCGAAUGAACAAGGCAUUGAAGCUCCCAUCUCUGGAGGAGAAAUCCGGGAUAAAAAUGAUCAGUACAAAGGUGUCGGUAUUAAUUUAAAUGAUCCUUACGAAAACUUCCGAAAAAGCAAAGGGCAAGCUUUUAUUACGCGAAUGAAGGCUCGUGCGGAAGAACGCGCUGAAGAAAGAGGAGAUCGAGAUUAA